AUGGGGAAGCCCUUCUCUCUUGGCCUCCUUAGACCCCAGCUGCCUGGGGUCAAGUCCAGCUCUCCGCUUUCCAGCUGUGUCACCCUGGAUAAUGGCUUGACCUCUGUGAGCCGCUGUUCCUUACCUGUAAAGAGCUUGGGACUCAUCUCAUUCCUCUUGCUCAGGUGCAUGGUCCUCUAGCCUCUGCUUGGCACUGAUAGGGACAGGUCAGCUUCCCUGCCUGGAGGAGCAGCUGGGGUGUCCCCCUGUGGCCUGAAGGCAUUGGACGGUGAGCCCAGGAAUGCAAGGCAUCCCCUUUCCUUCACUGGGAUGCUCUGUGCGCCCUUCGGAGGAAGAUUUGCUCUUCUGGGCUGCUUCACGCACAUGGUUCAGCCCCUUCAGUUCAACUGGGUCCCUAUUCGAUAUUUUUCUGUGACCCACUGUGAAGAUGGAGGAUGGGGACGAGAAGGAAGAAGGAGAGAGGGAUGGUUUGGUGGUUGGUGCGGGAGAAGGAAAAUUCUUGGAAAAGACAGGAAGAGGAUUAGCUCUCUCUCUCUCCAUUCAUUUCCAACCCAUGUCCUUCCUGUGUCCCUGGAAUCCAACCUCAGUCUGUGGGCUUGGGAAGUGACUGAAGCCAACGGCUGGUCUGUGAGGGAAAGAGGAGGCAGAUACACCAGGGAGCUGAGAAGUACAUGGAAAUCACACCCUGACCUGCCCAGGUGCAGGGAGCAGGUAGGCCAAGCCCCAGCCUGCCGAUGCUUCUCCUUGCGCAGGAGAGAGCCAAUCGCUGGUUUCUGUAAGAUUCAUAGACCUUAUCAAGAAAAUACAUUUACUAUUUGUUGA